AUGAGAUCGAACAAGGGUCCCUUACCAGCUAAUAUGUUCGGAUUUUCUGGACAGCGGCUGAGACAGCAAGGAGGAUUUCGGCGGCGAACUCUGGUUGCGGCGGGGCUGGUAGACAACGUCUAUACCGGCGGCGGGACGGCUGGCGGUCGACGACGAGAUGGUGACCUUGAGCGCAAAUCGACAAUGGCGGAUGACUGUCGACUCAUCAUUCCGAAGUUUCUUUCACCCGAUGCUUGCAAGGAAUUGGAGUUCAUACACAAAAGCUGUUCCACAGUUGGGUACAGGCCGAACGUUUUCUCGACCACACUCCCUCAUCUUAUUGCCACAAACUCUGCCCAUCUCAUCAUGCCCCUUGUCCCUAUCCGAGAGAAGUUGAAGGAAAAAGUGGAGGAGCAUUUUGGAUGUGAGUACGAAUUGGUAGUGGAGUUUACUGGACUUAUUAGCUGGUGCAAGGGAGCUAGCAUCGGAUGGCACAGUGAUGAUAACAGAGAUUAUCUCAAACAAAGGGAUUUUGCGGCUGUUUGCUAUUUGAACAGUUACCAGGUGGAUUUCGAUGGGGGCUUAUUUCACUUUCAAGAUGGGGAACCUUCAACCAUUGCACCAAUGGCCGGUAUUCUUAAAGGAGAGAGAACUACCCUUACGUUGUGGUUCAGCCGUGAUGCAUGUCAUGAUGAGGAUGCAAAACUUCUAAUGUCCCUCUCUCAUUGUUCACUAAGCAGCCCCAUUGGCUCAAUCAGUUCGUGUUUUCCUACCCUGGCAUCAAGUAAUAUGUACUGGUUUCCUCCUGAAGAAGCAUCAAGGUUCCAGUCGGGUUUUGAUACAUGCACCGCAAGAUUAAAUGUUCUCGGAUUUGACAUUUUUUCAUCAUUUGAAGAACAAGAAGAAGACUGUUCUUCGUCAAGAAAAGAUUCCUGUUACAGUAUGUUGGAAUCAUUGAAAAUGCCGUUGUAUUUGACGUGUGGAGAUAAGUCAACUGCAUGGGAGUUUGUCAACAUAUUACAUGCCCUCCAGGUGGUGCAGUUUUACGAUUGGAAGGGGGCUGAGUUUCAACUGGAGGCAGGGGAGCCGAAUGGGUCGUCUUCGUUUCCUAAUGUAGUAUCACGACCUUUAUCUGAAAUAGAGCGGCUGAAAAUGAAGCGCGCAAAAUCUGUGCUUAUCAAGGAUGCUCAACUCUCCCAUAUGCUUUUUGUUGGGAACAACGAGAGCCUGCAGGUGAAGAAGUCAUUUGAUAGGUUUGUAUUUUCAGCUCUAGUUUGUGAAUGGGAAUCAUAUACCAUUAGGUUGCGAGAAGAACUGGCAAGAAGCUUACCUUAUUGGGCAACAUAUGGAUCUAUCAUUUUUGUUAACAAUUGUGUGUGA